AUGCCAUCAGGUCUCUUCAUUGAUGGUGUCCUAAGUGAUGCAAUGAACUGGCAAUACCCGCGUGCCGAGGGCAGCUCGAAAGACGGCGUGUACACGGUCGGUGACGCUACCGAGACCGCAAGCAUGAGCUGGGCUCUUGCCUCUGCAUACUUCCUCUCGAGCCCUCUAGGUGACGACAUCCCGCGUUUUAUCCAGCACCUCGGUCCACGCUAUGCCGGCCACUUCCAAGCGUCCGACCUCGCCAAAUUCAUGACCUACGAGGCUGCGACGUCGCUCAGCAUCUUCCUCACGAGUGUCGCGCAGUCGAAGAAGCCCUCGGCGAUGAGCACGCUCAUCAAGAACGGGCUCGGGAUCAACCCCGACGCGAUCUUCUUCGUGCUCACGCCGUCGGUGUGCAACAUGCAUGUCUCCGAGAGCACGGACCAGCUUGACAUCCUGCAGAACGACCGGGGGCUGAGGGUGAUCUUGGACGGGGACGUCAUCACAGUCAGAAAUGUGUCGCUGGACCUGUCGAUGUGGAGACUUGGAGGCGCAGCGCUGCCGUUGCAGCUGAUACAGCUUACGCAGAGCCCUCAUGAGCUGUCCCGCACGCUUGCUAUUUUAGCUGGAGGGCUCCGCAACGACUGGCAGAACUCGGAUGACAUGGAGCGGAUUCGUGGCUAUGAAGUUCUUGCCGACAUGCUACGACAAAAGAGCCAGCUGAUCAACAUGACCAGUUUCGAGACGCUGUUUGAAUUCUUGGGACUCAGCUUCCGAUAUCCUGACCAAUCCACCGUGAUCAAUACUGUGGCCUACCGCGCUAUCGCACUCGACUUGCACCUCUGGGCGCAGACAAAGGCCGAGAUCCAGCAGGCGCACAUGGAGCAAUUCUCGAUGCUCCUUCGCACGAGCAAGUACAAGAAGUUCAACAUCAAGCAACGCCUCGGCAAGAUGAACAUUGUUCGCAAAUUCAUAUUCGCCCUCCAGACGGAUUGGUACACAUCAGAGUCGGUGCCAUGGCUAAUCGAGACGUUGAAGGUUGUUGCUGAGGCGCAAUUCUCCACGGAAGACGUGAUCAAGCCGACCGUCGCUUAUUUGGCUGCCAAUCUUCACCCAGAUCUACCUGAGUCUGGCUUGCCACAAUCGCCUCUCCUGCGACUGGACCCAAGCGAGUCCCGUCUGAGGGCCGAACUCGUCUUUGAGGCACUUGUAUUGACCCUACAGCAAACUCCGAACGCGUUCAUCAAAUUCACCUCUGCACUUCCUCUGACACGGAUCUGUCUGCUGCUCCUCGGCGACAAGCCUUCGUCCGCUGUCGCUACUCACGUUCUUCGCCUCAUCGAGUCGAGCCUGAAGGUCAGCACGUCGUUCAGCAGGAAAUUCGAGCUCGUCAGUGGGUGGAUCACGCUCAAGAUUGCGCUGCCGCAAGCGUGGUCGCCGAGCGUGCAGGCUGCAGCGUUUGAUGUCCUGCUCGGCGGCGCAUACUCUUCGCAGAGCGCUGAGUUGGCGGUCGUGUGCCCUAGCAUGCUUCCUGUGAUCUUGUCCUGCCUCAAAUACGAGCUGGACAUUCUCUCGGGGGCGAGCCAUUUGCAUCAUGAUAUUCACGCUCAUGGAGAGGCUGGGGUGUAUGCCAACAGCUUGCUCGAGGAAUUAAUCAAGAUACACUCCUUCAGUCUAACCUUCCGCCAAGCCUUCCGCUCUCAAGUGACAACGCAGACAUUCAUUGACGCCUUCAAGUCCUUCGUCACGGCCAUUCCUGGUCUGGAGCAGCUUGACAACAUCGUCGUAUGGGUGCUUGAAAAGCUCAGCCACCUCGCAUUGAGCAUCUCCUUGGAUGAUACUGUCGCCGUUCCUCAGCGGAAGGAGAUUCUCGAGACCGUCCAGACAGCCGAGGUCAUCCUUCAUCCAAGUACGACUCCACAGUCGGGCAUCAAUCCGAGCGCGAUCCUCCCAGCACGACCAAAGCAAGGGCGACGCCAGUCGACGAGAUUCAGUCUUCAGCUCGGUGAGCGUACAGUCCAGCGGUCGAACACGAAAAUUCAGGAAUGGAGGAAGAAUGUCACGGCGACCGAACGGAAACGGCUGCGCAAGAACAUCCUCGAUUUGCGAGAACAAAGGCGUCAGAUAUCACGGUUGACCGAGUGGGCUACCGUCCUCACGACUGAACGUGGCUUGUGGGCACCUCCAGAGACAGAUCGCAAGUGGAGGCUUGAUGAGACUGAGGGCCCAUAUCGCGUCAGGAAAAAAUUAGAGCCUGAGCAGGAAAGGAUCUUCCUGUCUCAGGUCGACAAGAAGUUGCAGCAUUUGAAGAUUCAAGAACCGUCUUCUGAUGUCCAAUCUGUCAUUCAAGUCGUGACGCCUCCAUGGGCUGAAUCUUACGAGAUCUCAGCUAGUGCAGAAGACCGCUUUUUGGAGGAAGAAGUGCUGGACGACAAACAUCGCAGAGUACGGCACGAACUCGAAGCAGGCGAUGUCAUAGAGGCUGUUGACACUGUCGCACGGAUAUCUGGUAUAGACUCAUUCCCUGGUCUUCUAAUUUUCGGCCGUACUCAUUUGUACAUGAUGGAUGGCCUCGUGCAGAACGGCGACGGGGAAGUUAUAGACGCCUCAGAUGCGCCGAAGGAAAUGUUCCUCAUACCGGGAACUACCACCGACAUGAGUAGUUCGCAGAGUGCACAACGAUGGCCGUUCGACGAGGUCGCAAGCCUCAGCGAGAGGACAUUUUUAUUCCGUGAUGUAGCGCUCGAGAUGUACUUCAAGGACAGCAGGUCUCUUCUCGUCGUCUUCACAAGCAAGGACAAGAGACAGGCGAUGGCCCAGAGGCUUAACAACAUCACGUCUGGCGGCGUACGUUACGGGAACAGUCUUACUCCAGGGGGCCUUACGCCUGCGAUCUUGAAUUCACCAAUCGUCAGCCGUCUCAGUGCAAGGAUAAGCGGUACUGUUAGUGGCGGAGCUCUCAUGGGAUUCAGAGCAGACGAGCUUUCGACCGCGCAGAGGAAGUGGCAGGCAAGGGAAAUAUCCAACUUCACGUACAUUGGUAUUCUCAACCAAGUCUCUGGCAGGACUCCCAGCGACGCGACGCAAUAUCCGGUCUUCCCAUGGAUUAUCAGCGACUACUCAUCGAGUGUCUUGAACCUUAACUCAGAAGAGACUUUCAGAGAUCUCACAAGGCCUAUGGGCGCUCUGACAGAGGCCAGGCAGGAAGCGGCAGCGGCUAGGUACAGCGCGCUCAAAAGUGUCGACGAGAAGCCGUUCCACUACGGAACACAUUUUAGCUCGUCGAUGAUUGUGUGCCAUUUCCUGAUCCGCAUGGAGCCGUUCACGCAUAUGUUCAAGACGUUGCAGGGAGGCGAUUGGGACCUUCCGGAUCGUCUUUUCAGCGACAUGAAGCGCGCAUAUGAGUCUGCGUCGCAAGACUUACGGGGAGAUGUAAGAGAACUGAUACCUGAGUUCUAUACCUGCCCCGAGUUCCUGGAGAACUCUGCGAAUCUUGACUUCGGCAUUCAACAGAACACUGGCGAGCGGAUCCACCACGUCAAGCUGCCUCCUUGGGCGAAACAGGAUCCUCUGUUGUUCGUUACCCUCAAUCGGCAAGCCCUGGAGAGCGACUAUGUCAGCAGGAAUCUUCCGACAUGGAUCGACUUGAUCUGGGGGUACAAGCAGCGAGACCCUGACUCGUUCAAUGCCUUCCAUCCUUUGAGUUACGAGGGCUCCAUUGACCUAGAUGCCAUUACCGACGAUCUGGAACGAGAGGCGACCGUCGGGAUCAUACACAAUUUCGGUCAAACACCCCGAAAGCUGUUCAACUCUGCACAUCCUGAUAGAAUGAUGCACGGUGCCUCGACGCUACCCAUCGGCAACAUCUAUGGUAUCUCGGAAGACUACCAUCUGCUCUCUCAAAACACUCGCGUAACGAGGGACAUCGGAAAGCCCGUCUCCAAUCUUGUAAUUGACUUGAUUGGAGAGAGAAUCAUUCCAUGCCCGCUAGGCUCUCUGGCUGUUCCGUCGCGCCCACACGAGGUGAUUGAAUGGGACCCUCCGCACAUCCCUGCGGGUGAGCUCCGUGUACAGGUAGAUAGGAAGACCGCGCAGGUCGUCGAGUCUGCGCUCUGCUCAUGCGCUGCGUUCGCGGACUCAGAGACACUUGUCACGGGCUCUACCGACUACACUGUCCGGCUUUGGAAGCUGUCUCGAGCCUCGCCGGGUGGUCAUAAGUCGGAGCCUCCACUGAACGUUAACCUGACGCACAUCAUGCGUGGACACUCUGCGCCUGUAUCGUGCAUCGCUGCGUCAAGGGCAUGGUCAUUGGUAGUGUCCGGCUCUCGAGAUGGGAGCGCAGGUCUCUGGGAUCUGAACAGAGGGAUACACGUGCGAUCGAUAUGGCACGGCGAAGGCCCUGCCCACGCCGUCCACCUGGCUGCCAUCCAAGAGAGCUUGGGCUACAUCGCCACCUGCUCGCAAGAAAAGCUCUGGCUGCACACGAUCAACGCGCGGCCCAUCGCAAUGCUCGACCUGCGCGACAUCCCGGGCUCGCCGAUCUACCCACCGAUCGCAAGCAUGGCUUUCCACGAGCGCGAGUUCUCGAAGCUGCCAGUCCUGGCGACGGGCUCACCCGACGGAACCAUAACACUGCGGACGUGGAACACGGACAACACGCCCGAGGGCGAGAAGGCUGUCUGGAAGUUUGUCACGUUGAAGAAGGUGAAGGUGAAGACUCCAGACGGUGCCGCUGCGCCUCGUGGUGCUCUGCCUUGUAUCACAGCUUUGCGUUUUGUUGGGGAGAGCCUGUACCACGGCGAGGAUUCAGGCAAGGUUUACUCUUGGAAUCUACCGGACUAGUUUGGGCGGCAUUUCUUGGUUUUUAUAUGGCAUAGAAGGAUGUUCUGGAUGUCAUCUUCGUAGAGGUGCAAUGCAAUCUUAC